GUACCUACCUCACAUAACAUUUUCAUGUGUCUAAAUAUCAUGGAAGACCAAACCAAAGAACUUAGAAAGAGUUGUUUGAGAAAGCUUUUAAUGGAAAAGAAGAGUAGGAGCAUGUUGUGGUUAAAGAAAGUGAAGAAAGAAAUUUGGCCAUGGAGAUUCUCUGCAUUUAGGUGGAAAAGAUUGGAUCAUCUUCAAACAACAUUUAUGGAUAAUGUUGUUUUUAGGAUACUAUCUGUUGCUGAGGUUGUUGUUCUUGUUUCCACCGUUUGCUUCUUCUAUCUUUGUUGUGGCUGCCACUUUUGACUUCUAGCUUAAUGAAGUAAUCUUACAUUUAUUUAUUCA